CGGUAGUAGCGGUGCAUUGUGGGCCAGGAGAGUGACCCUGAGCUGGUCUGCUGCUUGCUCAGUUGUUCGGUGCCCGGAGAAGGCAGGGGUGAAUCAUGUGGUAUGAAAUAUUACCCAGCUUAGCUAUAAUGACUGGCUGCCUGAUGGUGCCAGGACUGGCCACCACCUGGAUCCAGCGGUACACCAAUGGGGGCAAGGAAAAGAGACUUGCUCGCAAUCAUUACCAGUGGUAUCUAAUGGAGAGAGACAAGAGAGUUUCUAAGGAACAAAUAUAUUACAAAUCAAAGGGAUUGGAAAAUAUUGAAUAAUUUUCAAUGUGCCGAAUAGAAGAAACCAGAAAUGUAACACACCUUUCAUUUCAUUAUAUUUAAAUAAAAUGUGUAAAUAUA